CUCACUUGCCUCUGCAGACUUGGCCACGGCCAUACGCGGCCCUGUGAUGGAUGCGCUGGGAAGAGGCAUUGAGCAACCAGGCGCUGCCGCCGGUGGUGUCCCUCACCUUGGCCCUCAGAGGCGCCAGCUGGCGCCGAGCCCUGCAGUGCUUGCGCCUGGGCCGCCUUGCGCGGAUCCGCGCGGACACGGUGCUGCUGGGCGCGUGCGCGGCUGCUUGCGGCAAAGUCCGCUGGCAGGCCACGCUGGAUCUGGUUGCCGGGCUGCCGUCGCACCCGCUGGCCUCCAGUGGGGUGGCGCUGAACGUCGCCGCCCAGGCGUCGCCUUGGCAAAGGGCACGCCAGCUGCUAGGAGCCUUCGGGUCACACCUGCGUUUGGACGAGGUCUCCAUCAGCGCCAGCCUGCGCUCGGGCUGGGCGGACGCCUGCCGCUUGCUGCAGGGUUGCAGGCAGAGUGCCUUGGAAACCAACGUAGUGCUCUGCUCGCUGGCCCUAGACCCGUUGGGCCCCUGGCUUCUCGCCUCCGCCUUGCUCCGCGGCUGGCAAAGCAGCGGCCUGCGCUUGGAUUUGGUGGCCUAUGGGGGCGCCAUCUCUGCCGUGGGCGCGGCGUGGAAGGAGGCUUGGGCCUUGCUUCACCUCCUCCGGCCGCGGACGCUGGCACCCAACGCCAUUUGCACCACGGCGGCGCUGUCCGGCGCCGGCGGAUGGCCCUGGGCGGCUGAGAUGUUGCAGGCCAUGGGCCGCUGGUCCCUGCGCUUGGACCCUGCAGCCUUCGCUGCAGCGGGCGGCGGUUCCACCUGGGCGGCGCCUUUGGGACUCUUGACGGAGCUGGGGCAGCGGUCGCUGGCUAGCAGCCUUGCCAAUGUCAACCUGGCGCUCACGAGUUUCCGAACCGCCUGGCCCAGUUGCCUGGCGCUCGCCCAGUCCCGGCAACUCGGCGAGCUGGACGAGGUGAGUCGGGGUGCGCUGGCUGCUGCGCUGGCAACAGGCUACGACUGGGUCAAGGCACUCUGGCUUUUGCGAAGCCCACCGAGGAGCUCGCCGAGCGCGACGGAAGCAACCACCAACGCCGCGCUGUCCGCGCUGGCGCGGGCGCAACGCUGGCGCCGGGCCGUGCAGGUUCUGGCAGGAGGGCAUGCACUGGACGGGGUGGGCUUUGACAUGGGCGUGGCGGCCUGCCAGAACUGGCUGCAGAGCUUGCAGCUGCUGGACUGGACGGGCCUCAGCCGCUUCGCGCCGUGCACAGAGGCCCUGAGCAGCGCGCAGCUGGGCCGAGCCUUGCGUCUGGCACUAGAGCUGCCACACGCAGAUGCCGCAGCCCUGGAGCGACUGGCGCAGGUCUUGGCCCGCGCCGACGCUGCAAGUCUGCGGGCGCUGGGGACAAACAUGUGUGCAGCAUUGAGGUCGGGCUCGGAUGUGCAGAUGACGCGCUGCUCCAACACUGCCGCGGUUUUCACGGACCGCCUGGUGAACCUCAGCAGCGUGGAGAAGGAUGCCGAGCUCCAGGCAAGGAAGCUGACAGAGGAUGAUGUCCUUGUUCUCGAGGCGGAGGCGGUGCUGGCCAAGGCGCUGAAGCGCUUGGAAUCAGGGCAGCCGGCACAGGCCAAGGAGCUGCGAGAGAGCGAGGUCUUCCAAGACGUGCUGCGGUACACCGAGCUCUUCGACUCCGCCCGGGCCACCCUGCAGCCAACCAGGUUCAAGAAAGUUUGGUCCCGGCCGGAUGCGGAAUUCUACGUACGCUCCGCCCCCGGGGCCUCCUGGUUUGAGUACAAGAUUGUGGCACAGAUUGAGCAGAGCCUCGUGAAUUGCAUGGCUCCGCUACACGAGCGGGAGCUGAUUUUGAAGUACCAGCCGGUCUUUGUGGAGCCGCACAGAGACCUGCUGCCCCCCAGGCCCCACCACGCCUUAGUCAGAACUCUGGCCCGGAUCAUGGGCUUCUACAUCGAGACCGUCUUCGAGCUGUUGCGGAUCUCCAACCGCGACUUCGGCUUCCUCGUGGAGAUCGCCAAGUCCGACUUUCCAGUGAAGGGAGAGCUGAAGCUGCCGCGGCGACCCUUCUGGAGCAAACGCAUCGAGGUGGACACGAAGAAUCUGUGGCUCCCGCGGGGCGGCAACGAGACAGGCACCAUCGUGGUCUCAGUGAGCCGCGUGCAGGUGGGGGUGCCGAUCCCCUCCAGUGCCUUGAGAUUUCUGGGCAACAGCUUCGUCAAGUCCAUCCUCGGCAACAUCAAGCGUGGCUGCGCGCUCAGCUCCGACGAAUCCAGCCCCUGGAACAAGCGCAUCAAGCGAGAUGCCGAUGGCUUCUACCGGGAGCUGGCCACUGUGGAGGACGCGGCCAAGAACCGGCGCAGCCUCUCGGUGUCGGAGCUGCCCGGGGAGGAUAUCUUUGACCGGCCCUGGCGGCUGACGUCCUAA